GUGCUCAACCGCCUAAAGCAUGGAAAGUGCAUCAAAGAGAAACAAUAUAGAAAAUGAUUUAAAGAAUGUAGAGUUUGAAACUUCCGAAAACAUCGAUGUGAUCCCAUCAUUCGAUUCAAUGUGUCUUCGAGACGAUCUACUACGUGGGAUAUACGCUUAUGGAUUUGAGCGACCUUCAGCGAUUCAGCAAAGGGCUAUCAAACAAAUAGUGAAAGGUCGAGAUGUUAUAGCUCAAGCCCAAUCUGGUACCGGGAAAACCGCAACGCUGGGCAUAUCUAUUCUGCAGAUGUUGGAUACUCAACUGAGAGAAACCCAAGCUCUAGUUUUGUCUCCGACUCGUGAACUAGCCUCACAAAUACAAAAGGUCAUCCUCGCCUUAGGUGAUUACAUGAACGUUCAAUGUCACGCUUGUUAUGGUGGAACAAACAUUGGGGAGGAUAUUAGAAAGCUGGACUAUGGACAGCAUGUUAUAUCAGGAACUCCUGGUCGUGUAUUUGAUAUGAUACGCCGUCGCAGUUUGCGAACAAGAGCUGUUAAGUUGUUUGUCCUAGAUGAAGCCGAUGAAAUGCUGGAUAAAGGAUUCAAAGAACAAAUUUACGAUGUUUAUCGAUAUUUACCUCCUGGUACACAAGUAGUCCUCCUGUCAGCCACAAUGCCUCAUGAAAUCCUUGAAAUGACGUCGAAAUUCAUGACCAAUCCCGUUCGGAUUCUGGUAAAACGCGAUGAAUUAACUUUGGAAGGUAUAAAGCAAUUCUUUGUUGCAGUGGAACGAGAGGAAUGGAAAUUUGACACGCUUUGUGAUUUGUACGAUACACUCACUGUUACUCAAUCUGUUAUUUUCUGCAAUACAAAACGUAAAGUUGCUUGGUUGACGGAGAAAAUGCUCAAAAAUAACUUCACCGUAGCUUCUAUGCACGGUGACAUGGUUCAGAAGGAGCGCGAAGAAAUUAUGAAAGAUUUCCGAGCUGGCGAUAGCCGCGUCCUUAUAACAACAGACUUGUGGGCACGAGGAAUCGAUGUUCAACAAGUAUCUCUCGUGAUAAACUACGAUUUACCUAACAAUCGUGAACUUUACAUCCAUCGUAUAGGUCGAUCAGGUCGUUUUGGGCGUAAAGGUGUAGCAAUUAACUUCGUAAAAACGGAUGAUAUAAAGAUCUUACGGGACAUUGAACAGUACUACUCUACACAAAUUGAUGAAAUGCCAAUGAAUGUUUCCGAUCUUGUAUAAUUCUUGGUAUCUUUUUCGUACUACAAUAAAUGAUUCCAUUUUGUGU